ACCAGCCUGGACGCCGACUCCCCUUCUCCUCCUUCAGCAACUCGCCCGCCUUAUCAUUAACCGAGGCUGACCUCCGUUCCUGUCAUUCGAUGCGCCUUUUCCUCCUAGCGCGCAUUGGAUAAUCAUAUUAGAAGUCUAAUGUCUUUCAGAUCGCUUGCAUUGCGAGCCGGUUCGGCCGCUACUACAACCACCUCCCGAAGCCUUCGCACUCCUCUCAACAUGCCGCAAAUCACCUACCGUGCCCUCUCUACCGAGGCGACAAAGAUCAAGGAGCUCCCUGGCGAUGAGGCCAACGACGUCUCCUUCGAAAGCCGAUAUGGCCUACGAACAAUUCUUCUCAACAGACCCAAGAAACUCAAUUCUCUCAACGGCUCCAUGAUUCGCAAGAUCGUCCCCCGCAUGGUUGAGUGGGAAAAAUCUGACAUGGCCAACGUCAUUGUCCUCAAGGGCGCUGGCGAAAAGGCUCUCUGCGCUGGUGGUGACGUCGCUGCCCUGGCCAAGGACAACUUAGAGAGCAAGGACGGCUGGAAGAAGUCGGCCGACUACUUUGGCCUUGAAUACAAGCUCGAUCACUACAUUUCAACGUACAAGAAGCCCUACAUUUCCUUCAUGGACGGCAUCACCAUGGGUGGCGGCGUCGGUCUCAGCAUUCACGCACCCUUCCGUAUUGCGACCGAGAAGACCGUCUUCGCCAUGCCCGAAACAACAAUCGGUUUCUUCCCCGAUGUUGGAGCUUCAUUCUUCUUGCCUCGCAUGAAUGGCUCCGUCGGAACAUACCUUGCUCUCACCAGCGACAGACUGACUGGUGCCAACGUCUUCUACUCGGGCAUUGCCACCCACUACCUGCACUCCACUAGCUUGCCUGACCUUGAGGCUCGUCUGGCUGAGCUGCGAUUCCAGGAUAGCGAUAGCCAGGAAAGCCGCCUUUCUAUUAUCAACGACACUCUCGAGGAAUUCUCCACCGGUCUUCCCCACGAGCAGCCGAUGCAGCUCAGCGGCGACGUUCGCAAGGCCAUCGAUCGCUGUUUCAGCAAGAACAGCGUUGCCGACAUUAUCAAGGCUCUCAAGCAAGAAACUGGUGCCACGGAAGAGUGGGCCAAGAAGCAGCUCGACACACUGCAGAAGCGCUCGCCGACGGCCGUCCAUGUGACGCUCCAGCAGAUGCGUGUUGCUGGCAAGUGGACAAUUGCUGAAACAUUCAAGAAGGAGCACCAGAUUGCAUCCAAGUUCAUGCAACACCACGAUUUCAGCGAGGGUGUGACAGCACUGCUCGUCCGCAAGGAGAAGCCCAAGUGGCAGCCUGCCUCGCUCGACGCCAUCUCCGCUACGGAAGAUGUUGCUGCCCCCUUCUUCGAGUUUGACCAGAACCACAAGCUCGACCUUUUCAGCGAGACCGACUACGCCGAAUACCCCUUUGCUCGCUUCGGAGUUCCUUCAGAAAAGGAAAUCCAACAGGUCUUGGCCAAGAACCACUAUACCCCCAAGGAACUGGCCAACACCAUUGUUGCCUCCAGAAACGGCCGCCAGGGUAUCGCCACCAUCGUGCAAGAAAUCCUUGACCGCAAGGUAACAACAGACGCGGCGGGCAAGGCUAAAUGGGUUGAUGAGCAGGCAACAGGAAGUAAGCUGUAAAAUAGAGGCAGAGGCCCGAUGUGCGCACGGAAAGCGUUUGAAGCGACUCCGGUCGCUAGUGUAAAAUAAUAAAAAUAUUACUGCAAUAAAAUAUAAUCCAACGUUUCACUAACAUAAUAGAAACCACAAGUGAUGGAAGUUAAAAAUAAAUAGAUAUGGAUUUACCGUAUGCAGACGAUGUAUGGUGGUCACGCAGUAGUCUGUGAAGCUGCAGGGAGACGAAAAUGUGAGGGGUUCGUUGCAGUGGAAGCAGGGCAGGCGGAUGCAGUGUGUGCGCGGCGGUGAAAACACCAGAGGAUCCAAGGUGGUGAUGCAAAUGCUGCAAAAAAGGCUGCGGUGGAGAACUUCAAUUAUUGUGGUCAAUCACGGGUCGCAUUAUGUGGCGACGGGCGGGAGGAGUAGUGCGAGGUACAAAGGUGUGCCGCAAGGGAGGGUGGGCGGCCAAGUCACGGCCCGGGAGCACUGGAAACGGCGGGUUCACGCAGCGUCACGGGCGUCAGAAGAACGAGGCGAGGCAACCUUGGCCUGAAUGG